AUGGUACCGCCCCCUCUACUUCCGCUAGGAAUCCGGAAGUCCCUCCCCAACACCGGAAGUCCCGCGGCCUUGCUUCCUCAGAGUCUUCCCCGACCCGGACGCGGAGGAGAGGUCUUAUUUCCGGCCCCAGGUGGGCGCCGGCUCGGUUCUAGGUGCGCUCCGGAGCGGUGUCCCGGGAGCACCGUCCUCCCGGACGCUGGCGCCGGACCCUCGGAGCGCGGCCGUCCCGGGAGAGCGCCUGUCCGGGCGCGAGGCCCGUGCGGGGCCAUGAACGGGACCGCGAACCCGCUGCUGGACCGCGAGGAACACUGCCUGCGGCUCGGGGAGAGCUUCGAGAAGCGGCCGCGGGCCUCUUUCCACACCAUUCGCUAUGAUUUUAAGCCAGCAUCUAUAGACACUUCCUGUGAAGGAGAGCUUCAGGUUGGCAAAGGAGAUGAAGUCACAAUUACGCUGCCACAUAUCCCUGGAUCCACACCACCGAUGACUGUGUUCAAGGGGAACAAACGGCCUUAUCAGAAAGACUGUGUACUUAUUAUCAAUCAUGACACUGGUGAAUAUGUGCUGGAAAAACUCAGUAGCAGCAUUCAGGUCAAGAAAACAAGAGCUGAGGGGAGCAGUAAAAUCCAGGCCCGAAUGGAACAACAGCCCUCUCGUCCCCCACAGCCAUCACAGCCGCCACCACCGCCGCCGCCACCACCACCACCGCCACCACCACCUCCUCCUCCUCCUCCACCGCCUAUGCCAUUCAGAGCUCCAGUGAAGCCCCCUGUUGGACUCAAAACUUCUCCUUUGAAAGAUAACCCCUCACCUGAACCUCAGCUGGAUGAUAUCAAAAGAGAGCUGAGGGCCGAAGUUGACAUCAUUGAACAGAUGAGCAGCAGCAGUGGGAGCAGCUCCUCAGACUCGGAGAGCUCCUCGGGAAGUGACGACGACAGCUCCAGCAGUGGAGGCGAGGACAACGGCCCUUCCUCUCCUCCACAGCCUUCCCACCAGCAGCCCUACAACAGCAGGCCUGCCAUCCCCAAUGGAACCAGCCGGCCACAAGGAAGCAACCAGCUCAUCAACACCCUCAGAAAUGACUUGCAGUUGAGUGAGUCUGGCAGUGACAGUGAUGACUAGUGCUGGAUCUUUCGAAAUCUACUUUUUGGUGCACAAACAUGCUGCAAGACCAGACUACUUUAACAUUGAGUCCCUUGCCAAGAGGAGACUGUUGCGGAUCAAUGACUGUAGUGGGAGUUUGAGGCGCUGGAACACUCAGAUAUUCAAGUCUUUAACUUAGUGGUGAUGGGUGAUUUUCUCAUGUAACUUUUGCACAAUCUCAUGUUUCAGAGUUUAAGUAGAGCUAUAGAAAAACUAACAAAAUUACAUUUCUAUUUGGUUAACAUUGUUAAUGAAAAAUGUGCCCUGGUCUAGGUUACUCAAAGGCCAUGUCUUCACCAGACCAGUGACUAGAUUCUUAAACCUCAGCAGCCAUCAGUUUGGCCAAGCAGUCUGCACCAGUGAAAUGAAAGUCUUUCAGGGGUAGGAGAGAGAGGGAAACCUCAAACUGCAUCAUAGAAAUAUGUUAAAACCACUUUAAAUUGUUGACACAAAGUGGUGAGGAAGUUUGGUCUGACCCAGUCUGACAAGCCUGUGUAGAAAUGGACUUCAAGAUGGAGUCCAUGAGUGUCAGCUGGGUGGGACACUAGAUUUCUGCUAGCCCAACCCCCUCAUUUACAAACUAGGAAAGGGAAGCACACAGCUGGUUUGUGGCCAGUCUCCUGCCUCCAGUCUAAGUUUUUUCCCCCUGCUUCCUCCCUUGCAUCUCAUUUAUUAGAAUCAGAGAUUCUAUACGUGGGGCUUUUAGACGUACAUUGGAACUUUUAUUGGAUUCCAAAAGACAUGCUGGGUACUUCUAGCUUCAGUUCAGACCCAGACAGUCCCUAAAUAUAUGAGGCUAAGUGAGAUGAUUAAGCCAGCAGCCACUGUGCUGUUACAUGUGACUCAAUUAAAUUGGGGCUUUUAGUUCCAUGUGGAUCCAUACUAAGUAUUCCUCAUUCAGUGGAUUUUAGCAGGGAAGGUAGGAAUGGAAGAGAGGUGUAGUGAAGAAACCUCUCAGAGCAAAUGAACCAGCAGUAAGUUUCCAAAAACCAGAAUCUAGAUAGGAGUUCUACAAUAUGAAAUGAGCACAUUCUUUGAUAAGGUAUCUCUGUUUAUGCUUUUGUACCACUGUUUGUGCCUGACUCCCAGACUGAUAUGUAUUUUUAUAUACAACUAGAAGAAAGUCACAAGAUUGCCUUCUACAGUGUACAGUUUCCAAAUGAAUUUGUUGUUGCAGGAAACGGUCACUAGUAAAUGUUCCAUAUUGAGUGAAUGUGUGAUAAAUUGUCCCAUAAUUAGCGUGGAGUAGCCCAUUUCUGUGGUUUGAAUGAAUAUGUCCUGAGAAAUUUUUAUCUACUUUGGUUCAGUGGGCAUCAAGACAUUAAUAAUGAUUUUCCUUCUUUGGGUCCCUCCACUCAUAUGGCCUCUCCCUCCCCAGCUAGUGGAGGCAAGCAGUCUGGACCUAGAAAGAAAGUAGAUGAUUCAUAUUGAGGGCUUUGGUUAGAGUUGCACCUUAUAGAGUUGACUGUUUCAUCCACAUAGUGACCCCAGUGAGCUGGAGAUGUGGGCAAGGAGCCAUUGCCCAGCAGUAUGCUCACACCACUCUAAGUGUGGGCAGUAGGUGUACGUUAGUGCCCUGUGGUGGGUUCUCCACCCAUCAUGAGGUUUCAGUGGAUUUAGUGGCAGGUAGGAACUUAUUUAUAGUGAAUUGAUAAUUGCUUUAUAAUUCCUUGGUAAUGACAGCUCAGGGAAGGUGAAGGUCAUGAUUGGGACACUUGAAUUGUUACUGGAUUUGGGAAUUGUUUCACUGCUCUUAACUUGCUCGAAAUGGGGCAGGUUCCAGGAACUUGAACUAAAAAUAUCUAUUUAAGCCUCUCUUUCUCUUUUUUUCUCCAAAAGCCUUGAUUUAUAUAGACGGAACUGUGGUUUUUGGCAUGUUGGGUCAAGAUGUUUGUUUCUAUAGGAAAUACUUGCACGUGUCACUGGGCUUGGUGAGUGAAGUUUUCUGAGCCUCAGACCCUCUCCCCUGUCAUUUGUCCUACCUGAUGCUGCACAGUUAUUCUCUAGCACAGCUCCAAUUUUAUUCUCUGCACAAAGCCUUUGGUGGUUCUGUCCCUCUGCCCCCCAGCUUUACCCACCAAAGUAAGGAAUCUUUUCUUUUUGGAAGUCAAGAAUUCGGCCUCACAGACAACUUUUUACAAGUACCUUUGUGCCAGCCAAACUAAAUUGGACGUGUCCUUUCUGCCCCUGUGCCUUCUCUCAGUCUCUCCUCCUCUCCCCCUUCAAACCUCACUCCAAAGGCUCCGUAGGUGUCAGCUUCACAGACUCUUCCUCUGUUCAUUUCAACCCACAUGGAGUGCCCUGUGUGUACAUUCCGACCUUUCUCUUGCUUGAACUCUGGUUGGUAUGUGCUCCUUCAAAGCAGGGAUUGCCAUUCUCAUCUCUAUUCCCUGGGGCGUUCGCAGGAAUGGACACUCACAUGCUUACAGCCUGGUGGGCGAGGAGGCGGAGAAAACCAACCAGUGAAGUACACAGGGUGGACAUAGGGAAAACAUUCCAGGCAUUUGGAGAAAGCAGAAAAUGCCCAUGCUAAUUUUCAUGAUUUUGAAGUCUUUACCUGAAUUGUUAAAAUGGCCUUUUCUUUCCUCUAUCCAAUGUCUACUGUGGGUCAUUUAGGUGAGGUGAAAAAACAGGUCUGAAGUGUCUGAAGAGCCAUCAUGGCAAGCCUUAGUAAAGAUGUGAUUUAGGAAAACAAUAUAAAUAAACUAGAGAUCUGUAAUGUUGCCACUCAUUAACUAUUUUAUUUCUGUAGCAGAAUCAUUUUUCCUAUGUGUGGUGUUAGUAUGUGUGUGCUUCAGUGGUGGGAAAACUUGAAAAUUCUAAAAUCCUUACUUCCCUAUUUGAGGCUGGUUCAGCAGGUGUGUGUGGGUGUGUGUGGGUGUGGGGGGGGGUGUGUGUGUGUAUGAAUGAUGUAUUUAUUACAUUAUUUUGAAAGAGAAUUAGUCUGUUAUGUGGAUAUAUAUUAGGUACAGCUAAAUUGGAUAUUUCCAUUUGGCAAGGAAGAUAGGAUUUCUGAAACUCAGGCCUUAACCAGUAGGUUGGAAGACAAGACCAAUUGAAGCGUUAUGAAGUGUGUGUUUUUGUUGUUUCUGUUGUCUUGUGUAUUGUCUUAUUCUUUAAUGAUUUUUUAAAUCUUGUGCCUAAAAGUUUAUUUGCUUAAUUAUAAAGUAGACAUGCAUGUUUACAUUUAUGUAAGAUAUUUGCUGUGUAAAGUGUUUUUUGGUUUAUUAUCGU